AUGUCGGUCACGCUUGCGAUUCUACACGCAUACUACCCCGUCGUCUGCGGCCUGCGCGACUACCUGCGCGGCGUCCUCGAGCCCAAGCCCGCAUACCAGGGUCCAGACUUUGAGCCGCACGACGGCGACACGCCCGCGUACCGUGCGCUGCUCGAGGGCGCGUAUGUCGCGCUCCCCGCGGAGCGCACGGACGCGCGGCGGUUCAGCCCCAUCGCGCCGAUGGUGCAUGUGCGCGAGAUUAUAGACAGAGCACAGGAGAAGCUGUUCUUGAAGGCGCGGCCGCAGAACGUGAUCACGCUCGGGUAUAGACGAGUCAAGGAUGGUGGAGACUGGGGGAAGCCUGGCUUCGGCCGUGUCUUACUCACGAAUUACUUCGUAAACACGGUCGUGACUGCCCUUCAGGCACCCGAGUGGGAGACGUUGUUCCAGAGGAUAGGCGAUGAUGCCAUGUUCCACCUCUUGACCGAAGCAUCCGUGUUCAUCCCUCUGCCAAACGAGUGUCUCUGCCAAGUCAUGGGCGAGCCCAUUGUCUUCCUCAAGCCUCCUCCUCUCGUGGCAGGCGUGAGCGGUAAUGUAGUUUUACCAGACCAUGCUCCUCCCCUAGACUCCGCAUCCCCCUGCCGUGGAGUCAAACGGCAAGCGAAAAGCGCGUCUGACUGUGAAAGCGACGCGACAUAUGGCCCCUGGCCCUGUAAUGCAAAAGUGAACGUACCCCGGCGGAUAUCACAUUUUCCCGAUCACGUCUGUUCUACUCAUGGCCCAGCCUCAUCCCUCGCACAAAUCGAAUUGCGAUCGGCCUUCCUCCCACAUGUGAGCUUCAGUGUUCUCUGGUCAAAACGCCAGCCGACAAUGACACCCACAGAUAUUUUGAACCGCCUGAACUCUGCGUACAAACGGAAAUCAAAGGCAAAAGCUUGCUCAGAGCCGUGGGUCGAUCCUGAUCCGCGAGAGCAAGCCAAAAACGCGCGGCAUCUAUCCAAGUUUGUGUUCCCGCGCCAGUAUGGGCUUGCAAAUCCGUUUUUUGUGGCGGAACAUGCGGCUCUGCAAGCGCUCAAACAGCUCGAUUACUCAAAUCAGGAAGACGAAAUUGAGAAGAAGGGGCCCUGCAAGACGCCAAAGAGGCUCAAGCCAGUGCUAGCCAUGCUUGAUCAGAUGAUCUGGAGACAUGGUAAAUGCGGAUACAAGGCUCUGUUGAAUAUUGCCUGUCCGUCCAAGAUCCGGACAGAGAACGAGCGGCCGUUGGAUAGCAGCAUUAUACUGGAGAUGAUGUCGGAGUACUCCUCUCAGCUCCGUAGUCAGCCGACGAUGGCACUUUACAAUGACUCGGUUGAUUCUGCUGGGAACACCAUCAUAGCGCGGGGUCUCAGCCAGGCGCGGAAGCAUGUUAGCUCCAAGCCGCGCUUUGCAGAAUUUGCCUGCAGCUAUGUGGAGGUGUACCGGUAUGCCGUUCUCGUGACCAAUGCGGUUAUCCCGAAGGCAUUCUGGGGCUGUAAGCGGAACAAGAAGGUGGUGUUGCGCCAAAUCAAGGCGUUCAUAUCUGCCAGACGAUACGAGACAACCACUCUGCACAACGUCCUGCACAAGUUCUCGAUCACCGAGUGUGAGUGGUUGGCACCAGAGGGCGGCGCAGCGAGGGCACAGCGGAGGGUCUCCGUGACGGACGCGCUGAAACGGAGAGAACUCUUGGAAGAGUUCUUGUUCUGGUAUUUCGACUCUUUUCUGCUGCCGCUGUUGAAGACUACAUUCUAUGUGACCGAGUCUUCUGCUCUGCGUCGGAGGAUCUUGUAUUUCCGGCAAGACGACUGGUCGACGCUGUGCGCACCUCUUGUAGACAAGCUGAGUUCCGACACGUUCCAGAAGAUGGACAAGGCAGAGGCCGAAGAGAUCCUUCGCCAGCGUAAGCUUGGCUUCUCCUUUGUUCGGCUCUUACCCAAAGAGACGGGGGUAAGGCCCAUAGUCAAUUUGAAACGACGAAAGGCAACGGUACCAUUUGAUCGGGGGGCGCAGUCCAUCAACCAGGUUCUUCAAGCCGCGUUCCAGAUUCUAACAUAUGAGAAGGACAACCAGCCUGGGCUGCUGGGGGCGUCCGUGUUCGGCUCCAACGAGAUCUACUCUAGGCUCAAAACAUUCAAGACACGUCUAUUGAAUGCUAGCGUGGACAAAACACUUCCCAAGCUGUAUUUUGUCAAGGUGGAUGUCCAAGCAUGUUUUGACACAAUAGAGCAGACGAAGCUUCUGGGGAUCAUCCGAGAAAUCAUUUCAGAGCUCAAUCUGGGGAACGAAGACGACCAUCCGCAUUUCCUAGACACUGCCGCCAAGCUGGCGGGGUGCUUGCGCCACACAGUGUUUGUGGAUCAGGUAGUAUACCACUUCAGCACGAAGGAAGAAAUCAUCGAAUUGCUCGAGGAGCAUAUCACUGAGAACAUUGUCAAGAUCGGACAUAACUAUUACAGACAAACUGUUGGCAUUCCCCAAGGAUCAGUCUUGUCGGCAAUUCUGUGCUCCUUCUUUUAUGGUGACUUGGAGCGGAAAGUGUUCAAAUUUACAGAUGAUCUCCAAUGCCUCCUACUCCGUAUGAUCGAUGACUACCUCUUCGUCACAACGGAUAUCAGCAAAGCGAGAAAAUUUCUGGCCAUGAUGGCCAAAGGUCAUCCGGACUAUGGCUGUUUCAUUUCGCGCGACAAGACUUUGACGAAUUUUGUCGACGACCCGAGCACGAGCAUAACGGAACCUCACCAGCAGAGUAACAAUAUUCUACACAUGGUGCCCUCCGAUACUCAUGAGCGGAUACUUUACUAUUCGGACUACGGUCGCUACAAUGAAACUUACCUCGUGGACUCCUUGACUGUGGAAAGAGGCCGCCGCUCGGGUGUCACACUGACCAAGGCGAAAAGUCACAUACUGUUCUGUGACGCCGAUCUCAACUCGCCGCGCACUGUCUACCUCAAUAUUUACCAGAAUUUCCUGUUGACAGCGAUGAAGAUGCACCACUACCUUCACCAGUGGGGACUCAAUACCAAGAAGAGCAGUCCAUUCCUGCGAAAUACUAUUCAUCAGGUCAUCAGGUACACAUAUGCUGCGAUGCGGAACAAGGCCACAAAUCGCGUAGCGAAAGCCAGUGAAGGGCGCUUUGUUGUCCAACAAGCGCAGACCAUCUGGAUGGGUACGCACGCGUUCCACACAGUUCUUUCGCGCAAGCCGCACACAUAUGCAAAUCUGAUCAAGUGGCUUAAACUCGAGCUGAUGAGACCACGCAGUCGGCGGCUGAAGAAGGAAUUCCGCGGAAUCGUCAAGGAAGGGCUGACGAUGCUUACCCUUCUGGCGUUUUGA